AAUACUCAGUUGAGAUAGACGUGUUUCAUUUAUUGUACUCGAUUGCACACAUUUCUGGAAAUUAUUUCUCACAUUUGUCACUGAUAUUUGUGACGGUUUCCAUUGCGCAGCAAUUUAAGAAUACUCGAGAGCUCGAAGAGCAUUUAUCCAAUUCCUCUCCCCCAUUCGCUAAUAACAAAAAAAAAUCGGAAUGAUUGGGUAAGGUUAGAUGUUGACAAUUUUUAUUGUGAAUGAUCCGAAAAACACACAAGGCAAGCAUCAAGUUUCAGUGCUCCAAAAAUGUGAAAUGGCGUAAAAGUUUUGGGACAAAGCGGAAUAAAACCUUGAGGAAUUGCGCGAAAAGCCACAAUUAAAAAAAAAAGAAAACAUCAAAACUGGAAUUGUGGAGUGCGUAAUUUCUCAGCACUCUCUUUCUUAACUAAUCCAACAAUUAAAAUGAGUAAAAUGUACUCGACCGCUAAUUUAACGGAUAAGGAACUCAAGGAACAGGGUAAUCGUUUAUUUGGCCUCCACAAAUAUGAAGAUGCAAUUAAUUGUUACACAAAAGCUAUUAUAAAAAAUCCAGGACAGGCGCAAUAUUUUACAAAUCGUGCUCUGUGUCAUUUGAAGCUGAAGAGAUGGGAUUCAUCGUGUCAAGACUGUCGACAUGCUCUGGAUAUGGAUCCUUGUUUGGUCAAGGGACACUUUUUUCUUGGAUUAGCUUUACUGGAGAUGGAAUGUUAUGACGAGGCUAUUAAACAUUUGCAACGAGCUGUUGACUUGGCAAAAGAGCAGAAACUCAAUUACGGAGAUGAUGUAACCAGUGUCCUGAGGCAAGCAAGAAAACGUAGAUUUCAAUUGAGGGAGGAACAACGUUUGGCACAAGAUAUUGAGCUGCAGACGUACUUAAAUCAAUUGAUUAUCGAGGAUGCUGAGAGGAGAUUAAAUGCCUUGGAGGAGCAACAGUCUUCGGUGUCUACAGACCGUGAUGAAGCUGGUAGUGAAGCAAAUGACGGAGAGGAGGAUUCAGCUAAUGCCUCAGCAACUUCAAUUGCGAGACUUGAAAUUGAGAACAAAAAGGAGACUUCCAUUACGAGAUUGAAUGAUCUGUUUGCCAAAGUCGAUGAAAGACGAAGGAAAAGAGAAGUUCCUGAUUACCUUUGUGGCAAAAUAAGCUUCGAGAUUCUACAGGAGCCAGUGAUAACCCCCAGUGGAAUAACGUACGAGCGAAAAGAUAUCGAAGAGCAUCUCCAGCGUGUUGGGCACUUUGAUCCAGUAACACGUGUUCGCCUCACUCAGGAUCAGCUGAUCCCAAAUCUAUCAAUGAAGGAAGUAGUUGACUCAUUUUUGCAGGAUAACGAGUGGGCUUUGGAUUAUUAAGUGACAAAACCGCCUACUUCAGUUAUUUAUAAUGCAUAAUUGAUAGAGUAACUCCCAAGAGAUGAGAAAACAAAUUUGUACAAUCGAUAACACAUCAUGAGUUUGCAAUAUUCCGACAAAUAGUCGAUUAGAAUUCAUCUCUUCUUCAUUUUUGAUGCUUUUUGUUAUAACUAUCUCCAUUAUUAUUAUUAUCGUCAUUAUUACCAUUAUUUUGAGAAUUCGAAUUGCUUUGUCUCUUGAUAUUGUUGACUCUUGGAUUAUGUAUUAUGUAUAAAAGUGAAAUUCCGUCCAUAUGCUGAUGUGUAUGGAUUGAUAGUUGCAUUUGACAGUUUUUUCAAUGCAAAUACAUGAAUGCUUUUCGAUGAAUCGUAAAUACUUUGAGGUAUGCAAUUAUUAAAUAACGUAGAAUUUAUUUUAUUCAAACAAUCAGUAAUAGAAUUACUUAUUAUCUUCGUAUUUUUAUCACGUUAACGUAAGGGAAAUGUAAUCCAUUCAAAUGAAUUACCAGGUGAAGCCAAUGAAAAAAAACACGAGUGACAUUUAUUUAUUGGUUUGGCUGAAAUAAUGGAAUCCUUAUGUGUCAGAAGGUGACGAUUAAGUUUAAUUUUCCUAGGUAAACACUAGUGUUCCAUCUUCUGUAAACUAUUUCAUUUACAUAAUUAUUUUUUAUUCAUUUCUGUCAGUCUAAUUAUUUACAAUUUGUGAUCCAAUCUUGGAGCUAACGUUCGUUAUUAAAAAUUUCACAAUUA